AUGAAGUCCCUGGCCCUGCUUUUCCUGCUGGCUGCGGGCACAGCCAGCACUGCUGUCUCACCCCGGGCCAUGUGGGGGCUUCGCAGCAUGAUCAAAUGCACCAUCCCGGACAGCCAUCCUCUGCUGCAAUUUGCUGACUACGGCUGCUACUGUGGCUUUGGAGGCAGCGGGACACCAGUGGAUGAGCUUGACAGGUGCUGUCAAGUACAUGAUGGCUGCUAUGCGAAAGCGAAGAAACUAGAAUCAUGCAGAUUCCUCGUGGACAACCCCUACACAAACUCUUACAGCUUCAACUGCUCCGAUGGGCAGAUUACGUGUAGCAGCAGUAACAACGACUGCGAGAUGUUCAUCUGCGACUGCGACCGCACCGCCGCCAUGUGCUUCGCCAAGGCGCCCUACAUCCCCGAGCACAGCAGGCUGGACACCAAGAAAUACU